AUGGCUUCACCCGCGGUAUCAACACCAUCAUCGGCUGGUUCUCCAGCAGCCCUUGCUCCAGCUCCUCCUGUUCUCGCCAUCAAAACUGGGAAUCUAUCAAGCAUGAAUACCAUGUCGCCAACAUCGGGUGUAUCUACCCCUACUAUUAUGACAACUAAGGAAUGGGUUAUUCCGCCACGACCGAAACCCGGACGAAAGCCUGCAACUGAUACCCCACCAACAAAGAGAAAGGCUCAAAACAGAGCCGCUCAACGUGCUUUUAGAGAACGACGUGCUGCACGAGUAGGUGAAUUAGAGGAACAACUCGAGGAGGUAAAGGAAGAUCAACAGAGGCGGGAGAAUGAUAUGAGAUUGAAGAUUACUAGACUUGAGGCAGAGGUUUCUAGAUUCAAUGGCGAACUUCAAUCAUGGAGAUUACGAUGCGAGACCCUUGAUCGAAUUGCAGACUACGAAAAGAGAGAAAAGGAAACUGCACUCAAGGAAUUAGCAUAUCUCAGAAAUGGACUUCAAAGCAAGAGCACUGAAGCUGUUCCUCUCCCACCACGCCGGAACCGCCAAUCCACUCAAACACAAUCCUUGCCACUGCCACGACAAGAACAAAUCCCCUUUGUUCCAGACCUUGAGGUGUCAAGUGAAGCAAUCGGUUGUGGCGGUUGCAAGUCAUUGGGCGAAUGUGCUUGUGCUGAACAAGUGAUUGCUAUGUCCACUCAAGGUUGUGGCAAUUGUAGUCCUGACACUCACUGUCAGUGCUUGGAAGAAACGCUUAAGGAUGUCGGCAUGGAUUUGAAGAGGGCACACUCUCCUUCAGUUGAUGGCGCCUCGGAAAAGCGUUUUCGUUUGUCAUCUAGGCCUUCCAGUCCUCUCGAGAUUGAUUUUACUGCCCAGUUCUCACGACGACAGCCUGUCAUCCGUGAGCCAUCGCCUCCACCUCAGAUCAUCUCACGACCUAUAGAACCAUGCGGCUUCUGUGAUCAAUCAACAUUUUGCCCGUGUGCUGAAAGAGAACAGGAGAAUCGUCUUGCACCUUUACUUAAUGAAGUUACGCCACCACCAUCAGAUACAGAUGUUGAAAACACACAAGUCAAACUUCCAUCUAUGCAACCCAACCAUAUGCAUCGACCAGUUAGUGCCGCACCAGCUUCAAAUUCCUGUGCCAAUGGCCCUGGUACUUGCAAACAAUGUAUAAGUGAUCCAAAGGCAGGGCUAUUCUGUCGAUCACUUGCAGCAAUGAGAGCUUCUUCAAGCUCAGCUCCACCUGACGGAUGUUGUGGUGGCAGUUCUUCCGGGGGUGGCUGUUGCAAGACAAUGGAGCCGGCAUCUACUUCAGAACCACCUCCGAGCUUAUCUGUUGCAGAAACCUACAAGACCCUUUCUACCCACAAGAAUUUCGAUCAAGCCAGUGAUGAGUUGAAUACGUGGUUAGGUCGUCUUCAUGCUACACCGCUCCAACAUGCUGGUAGAGCACCCAUGGAAGUGGAGGCUGCAAGUGUUAUGGGUGUACUCAAGCUCUUUGAUCGAAGAUUCGGAAGAGGUUGA